UACUUAUCGACAUAUAGAUGGUGAAGAAUGCACCACGUCUAAAACCCCAUCUCUUCUUCACCCAAACUCUAUAGUCACUCACUGGCUUUCCCCUUCUUCCUUAUCUGUCUAAAAAAAUAAACUAUACAAGACCAACAAUCUGCUAAUAAUACAAACUUCACUAUCACAUAUUAGAAAAAAAAUGGCUUCUCUAUCCGUCUCUGUAAAACACACUCUUCCUUCUCUGCUCCAGUAUGCUCAAACCCCAAAAAACCCCAUCUCCCAAAACCUCACCAUUGUCUCCAGAUCAUCACAAUCCCAGUUUUAUGGCCUUAAAGUCCUUCAUUCACCUUCUUUUUCAACCCCAUCUUCUUCAAGAACUUCAAUUGUUGCGAAGGUGAAUAAAGGUUCGGCGCCUCCACCAUUCACAUUGAAAGAUCAAGAUGGAAAAAAUGUGAGUCUCUCCAAGUUUAAAGGCAAGCCUGUGGUGGUUUAUUUCUACCCUGCUGAUGAAACUCCUGGUUGCACCAAACAGGCAUGUGCCUUCAGGGACUCUUAUGAAAAAUUCAAGAAAGCAGGGGCUCAAGUUGUUGGGAUUAGUGGUGAUGAUAUUGAAUCCCACAAGGCCUUUGCAAAGAAGUACAGACUCCCAUUUACCUUGUUGUGUGAUGAAGGCAACAAAGUUAGGAAAGAGUGGGGAAUCCCGGGAGACCUAUUUGGUACAUUGCCAGGUAGACAGACUUAUGUGCUUGACAAGAAUGGAGUGGUUCAACUCAUAUAUAAUAAUCAGUUCCAACCUGAAAAGCAUAUCGAUGAGACAUUGAAGUUACUUCAAAGUCUUUAAACGUCAAGGUUUCCCCUUCUACAUUCUUUUCCUGCCUCUAGCCAAUAAACUUCUUGUACUUUUUCUGCCACUAAUGUGUGCCAAUUGUAUGUUAUAUGAUAGGCUGUACAACCAGUUAUAUUUAAUAGGCUGUCAAAGGAUAGUUUAAAGUCAUGCUACAAUUGAUGCUGUAGAAUGUUGAAGUCAGGUCUCCCGUGAGAGAUAAAUUUGUAUAUGAGCCUUUGCUCUGGUUGUAGUAACUGCAUAAUGGAGAAUUUUCUUCAAUUGCCUGAACUUGGCACUUCUUACAA